GUACAAGGAAGUAAUUGAUAUUUGAGUUUCUUAUGUUUGUGAAGCCCUCUGGGGAGAAAAACACUGCAGUAGCUGUGCAGAAAUUGUUACUACACAGCCUGAUUCUUCAACUCUCACUCACGGAGACAUUUAGUACUUACUUCUCCUAUGUUGGUCUCUACUUUACAAGGCGUCUGACUAUCAUCUGAGUAGAAGUUGAAUCAGCAUCACUGGAAAUACAAAUACAGUGAAUUUACAAGACAAUAAAUCAGAGUUGGAUGAAUUAUAUUGCACUCACUUCACAAUGCACACAGGAUACAAAGUAUUCGCCACCAUCAGCGUUCCAGUGUUGAUUUUUGUCAUGAAAUGGCUUUGGCACACAAAAAAAAGAAAAAAGAAACUCCAGGAGAAAAUGGGAGACUUGGAAAAGAGAAUAAAUGAUCUCCAGGAGCAAGUGGGAGAAUUGGCAAAUAAAAUAGAGGAACUCCAGAAGCAAAUGGGAGACAAGAGUAUAAAGAAACCCCAGGAGAAAAUGGAGGAACUCCAGAAGCAAAUGGAUGAAACGAAGAAGGAAUUAGAAUGGAGAAGGGUUCAGAACAAUUCAGAUGACAUCACUCUUAAUGGAAUCACGGCCCACCCCAACCUCUCCAUUUCUGGAGAUAAGAAGAGUUUUACGCAUGAAGCCCAACCUCAAAAAGUUCUAUCAAAUCCAGAGAGGUUUGAUUCGACCGUCUGUGUGUUGGGCUCUGAAGGAUUCUCCUCUGGAAAGCACUACUGGGAGGUGGAGGUUGUGAGCAGCACUGACUGGGACCUGGGGGUGGCCAGAAAGUCAACACAGAGAAAAGGAAAACUGUCCUUGUCCCCUAGAGAGGGAUUCUGGGCUCUGGGUCUGAGUGGGAGAGAUUAUUGGGCAAAAACAGACCCAUGGACCCAGGUCAUAGUGCAGAAAAAGCCCAAGAAAAUUGGAAUUUACCUUAGUUACCAAGAGGAGCAGGUGACUUUUUUCAAUGUAACUGACAUGUCUGUGUUGUUCACAUUUAACAAUUGCUCAUUCUCAGGAGAGGUUUAUCCAUUCUUUAAAAAUUCCCACAAAGAAACAACAAUGAGAAUUUGUUCAACUAAAGAGGAAUAAAUAUAACAUGACUCUGAUGCUGAUUUUAUACUGGUAUAACUGAAAUCAAGAUUUUCAUGAAUGUAUUUUGAUGAAAAAAGCUAUUUUUUUAAAAUGUACAUUGUCAUGCUGUUUUCAUUACAUGUUUUCUUGUGACUUUUGUCCAAUACACUAUUUGACUAGUACAGUCUUUCUAGGGAAUUUGGUGCAGACCUUAAAAACAAGAAAACACCAUCCAUCCUCUCUAACACUUUCCUUAUUGACAGCUUCACAUCAUAGGCAAAAUAACAAGAAUUUCAUUGCUAAUUUCAGCAUUUUCCUCUAUAAUAAAAGACAGAUAACAUGAAUAUCUCACUAAUAAUCAUAUUUAGGGAUAAUAUUAUGCUGUAUUAUGAAGUUGCAGUGGCUGGAACAAAAUCUAGAUUGACAACAGAUAUUCACGAUAGACACAAUUUUUACACACCCGCCUCCCCAGUAAAGUUAUCCAAUGUUCUUGAGACUUCCCACCAAGAUAGAAUUCUUCUGAGAAUUCAUUCAAAGUGAAUUAAGCUAAACUGAUUUACCUCUGAGGUCUGGUCUACACGACAGACCUAUGUCUGUCCAACUAUGUCACAGGGGUGUGAAAAUUCCAUACCCUGGAGCUAGGUAAUUAUAAUGACCUUAACAUCCCUUUUUAUAUAAUGCUAUGUUGAUGAGAAAACUUCUCCCACUGACAUAGCUUCCAUCUGUCAGUGUUUUAAAUUUAGAUGUACCCUUAACAAGAGUGUCCACACAGGACACAAUUUAGCUAAUCCCUUUUUAAUUCACAUCUUUAGGGCAUGUCUAUAUUUUGAAACAGUGCAGCUGUAGGGCUGGAGCAGUGCUGUUGUAGUGCUACAGUGUAGACUCUACCUUGCUGACAGGAGGGGUUCUCCCAUUGGCAUAGUAGAUAAUGUACCUCCCCAAGAGGCAGUCGCUAGGUUGAUGAAAGAAUUCUUCCAUUGACGUAGCGCUGUCUACACUGAGGGUGGUUAGGUCAGUAUAGCUACGUCUCCCGGGGUGUGGAUUUUGAGAGAGACAGCUCUGCCAAUGUAAAUUCCCAGUGUAGACCAGCCCUUAGUGUCUCUUGUACAAACCCAUUAGGUUUAAUGGGGUUGCGCUCUUGAAAGAAGUUGGUCUAAGGUAGUGGGUUUCUUUUCACAAGCAAGGUACAAAGAAACUAACUUCUUAAAAGAGCCCGAACACAGUUCAGCAAUGUGAAGGUGUCAUAAACAGAUAGUUCAGGGUUAAUGUCUCUUUUACCUGUAAAGGGUUAACAAACAGUGAACCAAA